AUGAGCGCCGUCGUCCUGCACGACGUGCGCGCCGCGGCUGACGCCAACGCGUGCUUUGUGGCUGUUCGCCUCGAUGUGUUGCCGUCGUUUCUCGCAGGCGCGACGCUGCGCCAUGUGGAAGCGACCGUGCGGCCGGCGCGCGAGCGGUCGCUGGCCAUGUGGUCCAACUUGUUCUGGCUGUGCAGCCAGACGCAGUCAACGUCGAGUGUGCCCGUGCUGCAGAUUGUGGUGGACUGGAACCUCGACGCUUCGACACGGUCGCUCAUCGCGGCGGUCGCCGAUGCCGCCAAGCUGCUGGCGUUUCUGCAAAACAACGAUCGCCACAGCGUCCUCCGCGUCGUGCUGCGUCACGCAAACGACGCGCAGGACGCCAACGACGAUGUCAAGCGUAUGUACCUUCUCGGUGACUGCUUGCUGCUCGAAGCGACCAAGACAGAGACGGUCUUGGCCCGCGCGGCGCAUCGGUGGUUUGCGUCGCAGGCCGGUCUCGCCUCGGACGCUGGUGACUGCGCGCUCACCGUUGUUUGGGCCUCGGAUGUUGACAAGCAACUGGUCUUGGUCCGCGGCAAGCUCGCGCUGCCCAAGCUCAGUCUGGCACUAGGGUCGCUGCGGUCGCCCGCGGUGGUCUCGCUGCUGCUGAUGCACCUUGCGUCCCUGCCCGUGCGGCUUGCAGUCGAUCGAGGUCGCGUCGGCGCUGGCGCUUGA